UCUCGAAUAAAAUGUGUUUAAAUAAGAACUGUAUAACCUAAAUCUGACUUUGUUAAAUUAUUGAAUGAAGGUUUUAGCGGUAAUCUAUUUUUUUGUGCACCAUUACACAACAUGGUUUGUUCCGAUGAUACCAUUGUAGUAUUAAGCUAACGUAUUUACUGUGCUUUAAUUUUGUUUCGAUUAAUAAUAGCAUUAAAAAAGUACUGUAGUGUUUACUGUAAUGUGGGAUGAAUUUAACGCCCCUCUUUAAGUAUUCUUUUUUUCGGGAACAGGCUAUAUUUUCAGUUGAAUGUAAAACAAUAACACCCCUCGUUACCUACAAUGGUUUUUUCCAUCAUGGACGCCAUUCACUGACGUUAAUUCAGACAGUGCCAGGCCACACAGCAUCAUGAGUGAGCUGAAGGACUGCCCCCCACUCAAAUACUACGACUUCAAGCCCGUCGAGCAUGUCAAGGUUUGUCCCCGCUACACUGCUGUGCUCGGCCGCUCAGAGGACGAUGGCAUCGGCAUUGAGGAGCUGGACACCCUGCAGCUGGAGCUGGAGACGCUCCUGUCCUCAGCCAGCCGCCGUCUCCGAGCCCUGGAGGAGCAGAGACAGAUCCUCACAGACUGGCAGGACAAGAAGGGAGACAAGCGCUUUCUGAAGCUGGGAAAAGACCCGGACCCUGCCGCCUCUUCUCGCCACAAACCAAAGAAGCAGAAGUUGGAUGGCAAAGGCGGUCACGCACCUGGUCCAGGUCCUGGCAGACCCAAAUCCAAAAAUCUGCAGCCUAAAGUCCAGGAGUAUGAGUUCACUGAUGAUCCACAAGACAUUCCCCGCACUCCUAAAAACGAUGCACCCAACAGAUUUUGGGCAUCAGUCGAGCCAUAUUGUGCUGAUAUCACAAAUGAAGAAACACGGUUGUUAGAGGAGCUUCUGAAACCCCCGGAGGAUGAGGCUGAGUAUUACAAAAUUCCAGCUCUGGGGAAACACUACUCUCAGCGGUGGGCUCAGGAAGAUCUGCUGGAGGAGCAGAGAGAAGGAGCACGAGCCAACGACAAGAAGAAGAGUCUCAUGGGAGGGCCGCUGUCUGAGCUGGAUGCAAAAGAUGUCGACUCCCUGCUGAAGAAGUCAGAGUCCCAACAUGAAUCUCCAGAAGAUGGAUGUCCCUUCGGCCCUCUCACACAGCGUCUGCUCCAGGCCCUUGUAGAGGAGAACAUUAUAUCCCCCAUGGAGGAUUCUCCUAUACCGGACAUUUCAGGAAAGGAUGCUAACGAUGGCGCUGGGACUUCUCCUCGAAGCCAAGGAAAAGCUUUUAGUGUUCCUCACACACGCUCUCUGGAGGCUCGGAUCAAAGAGGAGCUGGUGGCUCAGGGGCUGCUGGACUCCGAGGAGCGACCUGGACCAGGAGGAGACUCUGAGGACGAGGUCCUGGCAGAGCUGCAGAAGAGACAAGCAGAGCUCAAAGCCCUGAGUGCUCACAACAGAGCCCGUAAGCAGGAGCUGCUCCGGUUGGCGAAAGAGGAGAUGCGCAAGCAGGAGCUGAGGCAGAGAGUCAGGGUGUCGGACAACGAGGUCAUGGACGGAUUUCGGCGAAUCAUGGCAGCCAGGCAGAAGAAACGCACUCCAACCAAGAAGGAGAAGGACCAAGCCUGGAAAGCACUGAAGGAGAGGGAGAGCAUCCUCAAAUUACUGGAUGGAUAGAGAGAGAAACAGUUUGUGUCUGUUUGUCAUCCAGAAAAAAUAGUUCCCCUACAGAUUGACACAGAACAGCUGUGACAGCUGUGAGAUGGUCAGUGAACAGCUAUAUUUAUGAUGAUGUAUGAUACAGUGUACUGCAGGUCUGUGUGAUUUGAGUAGGGACAUAUCUGUCAUAGUUUUUAUGUCAUGUUCAGCAGAAUGCUCAUGAUCAGUAACAGUUAGGUCACGUCAGAGACUUCCUCCCUUUUGUUUAAUUUUUUCUUUGUUGUUGAAUUUAUGUUGCUUUUUAUUUUUACCAUUGUAAUGUUAUGAAAACAGUACAAAUGAAUGUUUGAAUAAACAUAAAGACUUAAAGACA